AUGAAUGUUGUGAGAAGUAUUCCAAAAUCUAAAAUAAGAAUAAAUCCUUCAACGUAUUCUUUAAUUUUUUCCCUCUUUUUCGAAAGGCUAAAAGAUUAUGUUAUAAAUAGAAUAAGAGAGGUAAAGACUUCUGAUAAUCAUAAAAAAGCAUGUAGACAUUUAAACUAUGAGAUAGAUGAAGCACAAGAACUGUUUACUACAAAUGACACACUUACUAUUCCUAGAUCUGCCAGACAAAAUUCAUGGAAGAAAUAUAUUGAAAAAUAUUUAAAAGAUACGUUGCCUAAAAAUUCUGAAAAUAAAUGCAAAAGAAUUUAUCCUUUUUAUCAAAGGAUUCAAAGAAACAGAAGAAAAAUGUUAGAAGAUUAUUGUGAAGAAAGGGAUAGAAAAAAAGAUGAAGUAAUGAAUUCAAAUAAUUAUAUGCAAUCUUGUUUGGAUUUUAAUGGAUGGGUUAUUACGAAUGAAAACGAAAUUACUAGUGCAUUUGAUAAUAAUAUACAUGGUUCUAAUAAAUUUAAGGAACCGUAUCAUAUAGACAAUACUUGUACGUUGAGAAAUGCUUCUACAUUAUUUAAACUAAUGGACUGUACAAAAAAUGAGCAAGAAGAGGAUUCAGAUAAACCUGAAAAUGAGGAUGACAAUGAUUCUACUCAAGAAGAUCCAGACGUUGUUGAAGAUAAAGGUGAAGAUAAAAAAGAAGAAGAGGAAAAUGGUGGUGAUAAAGAAACACCUAAAGAUAAUGAAGAUAGAAUUUAUAGAAACGAAGAUUAUAAUUUACAUGAAUAUUCUGAUUUUCCUUUAUUGUUUAAUUUCGGUUUUCAUAAAAUAGCAUCUGAAAAUACACUAAUUUUUCCUAUGUUAACUUUUGAGAGAUUUAAGAAGUUAUUUUUGAAUUUUUUUAAAAUGGGAAAUUCAAGUAUUAUAUCCUUAGGAGAAAGCAUUAGAACUCCUAUGAAAAUAGAUAUUAUCAAUGAUAAUAUUCGAGUCCAAUCAGAUUCAGAUCCUCCUACUUCGACGCCUCCUCCUAAAAUUACACCUACUGGUAAUCCUCCUAUGCAAGUAACACCAUAUCUUAUAUUUAUUCCUAUAGGUUUGUUAAUUCUGCUUAUUUCCAUUAUACUGAACAUAAUUCGCAAAAAAAAAGAAAUGAUACCAGCGAGAAUAGAAGAAAAAAUUAAAGUAAAAAAUGUGGUUCCUUCUGCUGUGUAUAUAAGAAUAAAAGAAUUAGAAAAGUUACGUGAAGAAGUUAGGCAAAGGGAAAAAGAAAAAUUAAAAAAAAAAAUAUACGUUAAAAAAAAAGUUGAAAUUAUAGAGGAUCCUUAUAAAAUUAAAUUAUUAGAAAGAAUGAAAUGGUUAUGGAAAACUAUUAUAGAAAUACAUAUGUUAAUUUUGGGAGAACAAAGAAAAGCAGAAUGGGAAUUUAAUAAAGGAGAUUUUUUAAAUAUAUGUAUUGAUGAAUUUUCAAGGCAGGAAAAAAAAUCAGAUAUAAAUGUAAUAUCAAGUGAUUUGUUAUUUG